GGUUUUCGCUGUCAACUCUAUUGCGGUCAGCGUCGAGAGGUUGAGUCGUUGGACAGUUGUUGCUCUAAAGUUGGUGUAAGAUGGCGAAGGUGCCACAUGGGUGCUAGUGACGGAAAGUUAGAAGGACGACUUCAACCGGCAGUGGUCAAAGCGCACCGUCCGGCAAACCUUAUGAAGAUGCGCCAUAACGACGAGGAACAUACGCCUCUACGACUCAUACGUGUAACCGUUGGAAAGAAAGGCGCGCCAUAUCGACUUCGGAAUGAUUGAUACGAAGCAACCAGCCUUGCGGAACAGGGAUGGUUUCCGUCGGAAAGCAUCCCACUCCCAAGCCUCACGAUAACGAUAACGUAUGAUUGGGCCAAACGCACCAACGACCAAGAAAGAUACAUCUACGCAGCAAAAGCCAUAUACAAUCAACCCACAAUCAGGACCCAAACAUUAUAGAACAUAAAUUCACAUUCUAAAAUGCACGACCCCGUCGCCUCCGCAAAAGCCCAAGAAGCAACCCACCAAUACGCCUUCCGCCCCGCAACCCCCGCCGACAUACCCUCCCUACAAUCCAUGAUCGCAUCCUCCCUCCGCAGCUUGGGGAAAGGGUACUACACAGAAGCCGAGCUCGAUGGCUCAAUAGGCUAUCUCUUCGGUCCAGAUUCCGUUCUCAUACAAGACCAAACAUACUACAUCCUCCACCCCCUCUCCUCCCCAAGCACAAUCUGCGCCUGCGGCGGCUGGUCCUUUCGCAAAACACUCUACGGCGGCGACUCUGCCCCUUCUCCUUUGCGCAUGCCAGAAAAGCGCGACCCAGCCGUUGACCGCGCGAGCAUACGAGCAAUCUUCACGAGUCCGCAAUAUGCACGAAAAGGCCUGGGCACGAUGAUGAUGCGGCAUUGUGAGGCGAGGGCGAGGGAAGGGAAGGAAGGUGAGACUGAGGGUUUCAAAAAGCUGGAAAUGGGGGCUACGCUGAGUGGAGUGCAGUUGUAUGAGAGGUGUGGGUAUGUGAGGAGUGGGAGGGUGGAUGUAGUGCAGUGUCCGAAUGGGGAGGGGAUUAGGAUUUUGCAUAUGACCAAGGAUUUGGAGGAGGAAGACGAUAGCACUUGA